AUGAUGGUUAACCACGGCUAUGCCCCCCCCCAGUUUUCAGAGCAGAUCAGGACUUGGCAACCCUGCAGUGGGUCUCCCGGUGGUAACCAUGAGCGCGGUCGGCACCCUGAGGAGGUCUCAGUCCAUGAAGGAGCUCUCUACAGGGUACAGCAGGUCAUGGAUGGACACAGAUUUCAGGCCUGCAAAGAAGUCUGUCUCCCAGCUGAUCAAACAUUUUCUACUCAAAGAGAGGAGACAUUCCAAGGCAAGAUGGAGGCCAUGCUGCAAAGGUGUGAGGCUAGACGCCAUGAUUGGGAUUCUCCUACCAGAGGGUGGUACUCGGGUUUGUCCCGGAGCCGGUCCAUGGAGCAUCUUCACCUGAGAGAGCUGACAGGGACCAGUGCACUGAGGGAACUGUUCGAGUCCAAGGCUGCCCCCUGGAAGGAUUUCGGCAGCAGCCCAGGUCUGAACAGGACACAUUCAACCAAUCGCACGGCGUCACCAAGGUGGCGAGGACCACAGAGUGUCACCACCACAUCAGCUGGAAAGGAGACCCUGGUCCAGAGGGCGAGUAUGGUUAAACUAGAGAGGAGGAAGAGCAUCAGCGGAACGCCCGUGACCUGGGAGAAGACCCCAAGCGGUGGGAGGGGUGAGUACCGGGGGCUGCGUCUAUAGCAAGGACACUUCGGUGCCUACUCGAAAAAAGGGGCCUCAGCCAGGAUUCUUGAAUAAAAUU